UGUGCACAAGCUUGCCCACCCCCUAGGGUAACCGCGCGCACCGCUAUUGAGCCCGCCAGGGAUAAAAAAACCGCCGCUUCUGCCCUUGCCCCGUGCACUUGCUCUUUGCUCCCCUGCCCCUCCUCUCUCAUCCCACAGCGCCGUCGCCGUCGCUGUCGGCGGCGAUACUCCCAAACCCUCCGUCGGAUCUCCGACUUAUCCUUCUCUAUUUUCAUCCUUCCCUCUCCUCUCUCUUUUUAGUGUAAAAAGCUAAAAAAAAGGAAAAAGAAAAUCUUUGAGUUUAAAAAUAUCUUUUUGUUGGAUUUUCUUUUAAUAUAUUGAAGGCAAGAAAAAAAAACGAAAAUUUCGGGAACAUUUUCCAAAUUUAGACUGUCAUAAUUUUUGGUGCUACUGUCUAGGGUUUGUUUCUCGAAUAACAAGAGGAGAGGGAAGCGAGAAAAAAAUCACAAAAAAAAUUGAAAAAUUUCCAAAAAAUAUCCUAAAAUUUUUGUCCUCCAUUUAGCUACGGUUUUCGAGUUGAGAUGGCUCAGGUUCAGGUGCCGCAGUCGGUGAUGAAUGUGAAUGCUACUACUAUAGCUGCUGCUGGCGGUGCGAAUCCUCAGUUCGUGCCGACGUCGCUUUAUGUAGGUGACUUGGAUUUGCACGUGACUGAUUCGCAGCUUUACGAUCUGUUCAACCAGGUUGGACAGGUGGUUUCGGUCAGGGUUUGCCGGGAUUUGACGACUCGCCGGUCACUUGGAUAUGGUUAUGUCAAUUAUGGCAAUCCGCAAGAUGCUGCACGGGCUCUAGAGAUCCUAAAUUUUACUCCUCUCAAUGGGAAGCCCAUUAGAGUUAUGUAUUCUCAUAGAGACCCCAGCAUACGUAAAAGUGGUGCUGGAAAUAUAUUUAUUAAGAAUUUGGACAAAGCGAUUGACCAUAAGGCUUUGCACGAUACAUUUUCUGUAUUUGGAAACAUUCUCUCUUGCAAGGUGGCAACCGAUGUUUCUGGUCAGUCAAAGGGCUAUGGGUUUGUGCAAUAUGAUACUGAUGAAGCUGCUCAAAAAGCUAUUGAGAAACUCAACGGGAUGCUGCUGAAUGAUAAGCAAGUAUAUGUCGGACCUUUCCUUCGGAAACAAGAAAGAGAAAUGGCUGUAGACAAGACAAAAUUUACUAAUGUUUUUGUGAAGAAUCUCUCAGAAUCAACCACUGAUGAAGACCUAAAGAAAGUAUUUGGUGAUUAUGGGACAAUAACUAGUAUUGUGGUAAUGAGGGAUGAAGAUGGAAAGUCAAAGUGUUUUGGAUUCGUGAACUUUGAGAACCCUGAAGAUGCUGCAAAAUCUGUUGAAGCUGUUAAUGGAUAUCAAUUUGAUAACAAAGAAUGGUUUGUUGGGAAAGCCCAAAAGAAAUCUGAGAGAGAACAAGAAUUAAAACAACGAUUCGAGCAGAGUAUUAAGGAGGCUGCUGACAAAUCACAAGGGUUGAACCUCUAUAUAAAGAAUUUAGAUGACAGCAUUAAUGAUGAUAAGCUUAGGGAAUUGUUCUCCCCCUUUGGUGUUAUAACUUCAUGCAAGGUUAUGCGAGAUCCCAAUGGAAUCAGCAGAGGAUCUGGGUUUGUUGCAUUCUCAUCUCCUGAAGAAGCAUCAAGAGCUCUUUCUGAAAUGAAUGGGAAGAUGAUUGUUAGCAAACCACUUUAUGUUGCUCUUGCACAGAGAAAGGAAGAGAGAAGAGCAAGGUUGCAGGCUCAAUUUUCUCAAUUGCGUCCAAUUGCAAUGGGACCCUCUGUUGCUCCUAGAAUGCCAAUGUACCCCCCUGGUCCUGGUCUAGGGCAACAAAUAUUUUAUGGACAGCCGCCACCUGCUAUCAUUCCUCCCCAACCUGGUUUUGGCUAUCAACAGCAGCUUGUUCCUGGAAUGAGGCCUGGUGGAGCUCCAAUGCCGAACUUUUUUGUGCCAAUGGUUCAGCAAGGGCAGCAAGGACAGCGUCCUGGUGGCAGGCGAGGUGGUACUGUUCCGGUCCAGCAGGGUCAACAACCUGUUCCAAUGAUGCAGCAGCAGAUGAUUCCAAGGGGACGUGGAUAUCGUUACCCUCCAGGACGUGCCCUGCCUGAUGUCUCUAUGCCAGGUGUUGCUGGAGGCAUGCUUUCCGUCCCAUAUGAUAUGGGCGGCAUGCCAUUACGUGAUGUCGUAUCUCAGCCAGUCCCAAUUGGGGCUCUGGCAUCUGCGCUUGCCAACGCUUCUCCUGCUGAUCAGAGGACGAUGUUGGGCGAGAAUCUAUACCCACUUGUCGAACAGUUGGAGCCUGAAACAGCAGCUAAGGUUACUGGUAUGCUUUUGGAGAUGGACCAGACAGAGGUUCUACACCUGCUUGAGUCACCAGAAGCUCUGAAGUCGAAGGUUGCAGAGGCCAUGGAGGUCUUAAGGAAUGUUUCUCAGCAGCAGCAGGCAACCAAUCCUGCUGAUCAAUUGGCAUCAUUGUCCUUGAACGAUGGUCUUGUUUCCUGAGUGAACUGAUUGCGGAGUUAAAUCUAGACUUUUGUGCUUUGGUUUUUGAAACACGAGGGUUGGAGCAUUGAUUCAGUUCUUUUUGAGGUUGGAAUGCACUAUUUUGUUAUGUUGAUCUAUUUGCCUGUUUGGAUUUCAGGAUUGUUUUCUUAGCUCGCUUUCCCAUCUGUAGAUGAGAAGGCUGUAUCAUCUAUGUUAGUGGGAACUGGACGUGUUGCCAAUUGCCAUAAAUCUUGUCUUCCUCAGGUUCUAUAAAGCAACUCAAAGCCAAAGUAAUGGGCUGGUCUAGUCUAAA